AAACUAAUUUCUUUUCAUUAAUCUAUGCACUUAUAAAUCAUGAAGAAAUACCGAAAGAACUAAUUGCAAUCAAAACAAGCAACUUGAAGAAAAUGAAAGGUGGGUAGUGUGAUCUUUCUAUAGUGGGGUCUAUUAUUUCACCCACUACAAAGUUUGGUGAACUCAAAACACCAUAUAUACUCAUCUUUUCCCAUCUCAAAUAAUCACCACCCACGCCACCCCACCCCACCCACCCCCCUCCCUUUUGAUCAAAAAGCAUUCACACAGAUAAUUCACCGAACAGGUGGCGACAAUGGGUUCAACAACCAAGAAUCCCCAAACCGCAGCCGUGAACUCCGAUGAAGAAGAGAGCUUCCUCUUCGCCAUGCAGCUGGCGAGCGCCUCCGUGCUGCCCAUGGUGCUCAAAUCCGCCAUCGAGCUCGACCUGCUCGAGAUCAUCAAGAAGGCCGGCGCCGGCGCCUUCGUCUCCCCGGCGGAGGUCGCCGCGCAGCUCCCCACCACCAACGAGGGGGCCGCCGUGAUGCUCGACAGGAUCCUCCGCCUCCUCGCCAGUUACGCCAUCCUCGAGUGCCGCCUGAAGACCCUCCCCGACGGCGGCGUCCAGCGCCUCUACGGCCUCGCGCCCGUCUGCAAAUUCCUGACCAAGAACGACGACGGAGUUUCCGUCGCGCCCUUGGCGCUCAUGAAUCAAGAUAAAGUGCUUAUGGAGAGCUGGUACCAUCUAAAAGAUGCGGUUCUUGAUGGAGAGAUUCCGUUCAACAAAGCGUAUGGGAUGAGUGCAUUUGAGUACCAUGGAACAGAUCCAAGAUUCAACAAGGUGUUCAACCAAGGGAUGUCUGGCCACUCCACCAUCACAAUGAAGAAGAUUCUAGAAACUUACAAAGGGUUUGAUGGCCUCAAUAGUGUGGUGGAUGUUGGUGGAGGAAUUGGAGCUACACUCCACAUGAUUGUUUCUAAAUAUCCUUCUAUUAAGGGCAUUAAUUUUGAUUUGCCCCAUGUUAUUGAAGAUGCCCCAUCUUAUCCAGGUGUGGAGCAUGUGGGUGGAGACAUGUUUGUGAGUGUGCCUAAAGGGGAUGCCAUCUUCAUGAAGGUAAAACCAAACCUCAAAUUGAUUAAUUACCAAAACACCCCUCCUCCCAUGAAACUCAUUUUUGCCCUUAAAUAUUUGCAGUGGAUCUGCCAUGAUUGGAGUGAUGAGCACUGUCUGAAAUUCUUGAAGAACUGCUAUGAUGCAUUGCCACAAAAUGGGAAGGUGAUAUUGGCUGAGUGUGUGCUGCCAGAGGCCCCAGACAGUGGGCUGGCCACUAAGAAUGUUGUCCACAUUGACGUCAUCAUGUUGGCCCACAACCCAGGUGGUAAGGAAAGGACAGAAAAGGAAUUUCACAACUUGGCCAAAGCUGCUGGCUUCAAACACUUCAACAAAGCUUGCUGUGCUUACAAUACUUGGAUUCUGGAGUUGCUUAAAUGAGGGGAAAAAAAUUGCGAAUCACAAUUUUAUUUGGAGGUGUGCUUGAAUUGAAUUGAAUUUCCCAGUGUGCGAUUUUAUAUUCCUUUCUUGAAGGAUGCAUAGUUAAAAUUUUUAGAAAAGAGUACCCCCAAAAGAAGAAGAAGAAGAGUUAAAUAUUGCAAGAUAUUUUGCUUGUAUAAGUUUGUAUUCCCACUUUGCUCCAUAAAUAAAGUUUUAAUUUUUUGCCUUGCC